GGAAGUGGCGCACGCGGAAGCGGCGCCCGCUGCGCUGCGCUCCGCCCGGGUUCCGCAGCGGCGCCGGCACGGCCGAGCGCGGCCGCCGCCCCUGAGCCAUGUUGCGCGGCCUGGGCAGCUGGCUGGGGCUGGAGCGGGCGGGCGAGGAGCGGCUGCUGCCCGCCGGCGAGAGGAGCGGCCCCGCGGAGCGGGAGCGGGAGCGGGACCGGGAGGAGGAGGAGGCAGGGCCGGCCGAGCAGGAGCAGGGCGAGCUGCAGGGGGACUCGGAGGCGCUGCUCAGCCAGGCCAAGGGAUUCGGCAGUUACCUCUUCAAUUUUGCGUCUGCUGCUACAAAAAAGAUAUCUGAGUCCGUUGCUGAAACAGCACAGACAAUAAAGAAGUCUGUAGAAGAAGGAAAAAUUGACAGUAUCAUCGAUAAGACAAUUAUUGGAGACUUUCAGAAGGAACAGAAGAAAUUUGUCCAAGAGCAGCAAACCAAAAAAUCAGAAGCAGCAGUGCCUCCCUGGGUGGACAGCAAUGAGGAAGAGACAAUUCAACAACAAAUACUGGCCUUAUCAGCAGAUAAACGGAAUUUUCUGCGAGACCCUCCAGCAGGUGUGCAGUUUCAUUUUGACUUUGAUCAGAUGUACCCUGUUGCACUGGUCAUGUUACAAGAAGAUGAGCUUCUCAAUAGGAUGAGGUUUGACCUUGUUCCCAAACAUGUAAAGGAGGAGGUGUUCUGGAGAAAUUAUUUCUACAGGGUGUCACUAAUUAAACAGUCUGCACAACUCACUGCACUUGCAGCUCAACAGCAAGCAGCAGGAAAGGAAGAGAGCAAAGGCAGAGAAGAAGAUAGUGAACUCAAAGAAACAGUACGGCCAAAAACACCGCCUGUUACAAUAAAGCCUCAAAUAAAAUCACAAGAGGAUGAGGAAGAGAUUUCCACAAGUCCAGGUGUAUCAGAAUUUGUGAGUGAUGCUUUUGAUACCUGUAAUCUGAAUCAGGAAGAUCUAAGAAAAGAAAUGGAACAACUAGUGCUAGACAAAAAGAAAGAAGAGACUUCAGUAGUAGAAGAGGAAACUGCUGAUUGGGAAAAGGAAUUACAACAAGAGCUUCAAGAGUAUGAGGUGGUGACAGAAUCAGAAAAGCGUGAUGAAAACUGGGAUAAAGAAAUAGAAGAAAUGCUGCAAGAAGAAAACUAAACAUUUUCACAAAAUCACUAUAGCCCAAAGCUCUUUUGGAGGACUGACAUGGAUUUCUGCUUUCAUAUUUUGCUUACAAAAAUAUCUUCAGAAGACAUAAAAGAAUCUAAAGUUGUUAUAAUUCCAUAUGGGAAUACAACCAGUAUUUCUGUUCUUUAUAUGAGCAGUUUCUGAACUUCUAUAUUCUUCAAAAGAAAAAAAAGAGGAGGCAGAUACUGCAGGUUAUAAUUAAAAGUGAUAACAUUAAUACAUGAAGCAGUGGUUCAGUUUGAGGCAUUUUUUAGAUGAUCAAGAAGCUCUUCAAAGAGAUUUCUAAAUCCAAGAAACGCAAUUUUUUUUGUCUACAGCCUUCUGUUUGGGAUGUAAAAAUGGAUGUUGUAAGUAACUUAGUCCUUGACAACAAUUCUCUCUUGACAUUUGCACUCUGAUCCCUGUAUAAUCUGUAAAUGUGUACUAUUUUUAAGGUACUUGUAGUUGGUAGAUUUCACAUGUAUUUAGUUUUCUUAAUGUAUGUAGCCAAAGAAUUUAUAAAAAACCCUCUCAGAUAAAUUUCAAGGAUUUGGUAAUACAUACUAAUGCAGACUCCAAAAGAAGCUGAUUAUUUAUCAGUCAGGCAGCAAACAUUUAAGCAUUUAAAUUAGGAUAGAGUUAGUAACUGCUUGAAUUAAAUUUGGCAUUGUUAAUCAUAUUGAGAUACUGAGAAAAAUGGUUUAAUGCAUUUUUUCUGCAGAAAGCUGUUAUGUUUCCAUUUAAUUUUACUGUCUGAGCUGAGAGCAAAUAAAAUGCUUCUCCUUAUUUUAAGUGCUUAAACAUUUAUGUAAAAACUUUCACUGAUUUGGACAUCUUUAUUAAAUGCUGUAAAUAUGUAUAAAA